UCUCCCCGCAUCUAGUCAACUCAUGUUUAUAUAUAAAUAUUAAGACAGAGACGUCCCUGAUAGAUAUUCAGUCUUUACCAGAUCAUUCUCGUUUCCUGACUUGGACAUAUCUUGACGAUACAAUGGCAGAAAUCAAGAACACUAGCAAGACUUUCACUCUCGCCUCAGGCGACAAGAUCCCCGCUAUCGGUCUAGGUACCUGGCAGUCGCCCAAGAACGAGACUGCUAAAGCUGUCAAGCACGCCAUUUCGGUCGGUUACCGAUACAUCGAUACCGCCUUCGCCUACGGAAACGAGUCCGAAGUUGGUGAGGGUAUCCGCGCUGCAGGUGUUCCCCGUGAACAGUUAUGGAUCACCACCAAGCUUGACAACCCCUGGCACAAGCGCGUUGCUGAGGGUAUUGAUGCUUCGCUCAAGAACCUUGGCCUGGAAUACGUCGACCUAUAUCUAAUGCACUGGCCUAGCUCUACUCGCCCCGAUGAUCUCAAGAAGCACUAUGACGACUGGAACUUCAUCGAUACCUGGCGUGAGAUGCAGAAGCUAGUCGGUACUGGUAAAGUUCGAAACAUUGGUGUUUCCAACUUCGGUAUUACCAACCUCGAGAAGUUGCUAAACGACCCUUCGUGCAAGAUCAAGCCCUCUGUCAACCAAAUCGAGCUUCACCCCAAUAACCCCUCACCAAAGCUAGUCGCCUACUGCAAGGAGAAGGGCAUUCACUGCACAGGCUACUCCUGCCUCGGUAGCACCAACUCUCCCCUUUACAAGGACGAGACUCUUAAGUCAAUCGCCGAGAGCAAGGGCAAGACACCGCAACAAGUUAUGCUCCUAUGGGGUAUCCAACAAGGUUGGGACGUGAUUCCCAAGUCUAUCACUCCCGAACGAAUCGAGAGUAACUUCGCCAUCGACGGAUGGGAGUUGACGCCGGAAGAGAUUCAGAAGUUAAACAACCUUAAGGAUCGCUUCAAGGUCUGUGGUGAUGCUUGGUUGCCUGUGAAGGUAUUCUUCGGCGAUGACGAGUAAUUUGCUGAUAUUCCGGGGUAGGGACGGCGUUGUAUACCCAGGCACUGUGGUACUCGACGUCUGCCGUGCCACUGUCGUGUGUAUUUAGACAGAUAG